ACAAAACGAGGUUGAGGAAAACACGGACUGACACAGAGCGAGAGGAGGAAGAGGAGUCGGGACACCGAGAGCAGACAGCGGAGGAGCAAGACGAAGAUGAAGAUGAAGAUGAAGGUGGUCGCUGUGGCCGUGGUCGUGAGCGCGCUGCUCGUCACCGAUGUACAGUCGACCCGACCCACGGAAUGGACACCCACAGGUCAGCCCGGCCUGGACUUAACAGGGAAGAUGUUCACGUUCUCCCAGAAUGGGGGAGGGGUUCGCUUCUACCCGGGUUCCCAGACUCCCCCCUGGGCCACCACCUCCCGUCCCUGGACCUCCACCUACCAUCCCUGGGCCCCCACCACCCGUCCCUGGGCCACCACCACCCGUCCCUGGGCCACCACCACCCGUCCCUGGGCCCCCACCACCCGUCCCUGGGCCACCACCACCCGUCCCUGGGCCACCACCACCCGUCCCUGGGCCACCACCACCCGUCCCUGGGCCCCCACCACCCGUCCCUGGGCCACGACCUCCCGUCCCUGGACCUCCACCUACCAUCCCUGGGCCCCCACCACCCGUCCCUGGGCCACCACCACCCGUCCCUGGGCCACCACCACCCGUCCCUGGGCCCCCACCACCCGUCCCUGGGCCACCACCACCCGUCCCUGGGCCACCACCACCCGUCCCUGGGCCCCCACCACCCGUCCCUGGGCCACCACCACCCGUCCCUGGGCCCCCACCACCCGUCCCUGGGCCCCCACCACCCGUCCCUGGGCCACCACCACCCGUCCCUGGGCCACCACCACCCGUCCCUGGGGCCCCACCACCUAUCCUCAGACAACAGAGACACCGGUCAGAGGUGUCUCGGUGUGUGUGAGAUACAUGGCCGAUUCUUCAGACUUCGUGAAUCUCUUCACACUUGAUAAGUACAAGUACAGUAGAAGUCUGAAGCUGACACAAAAUAGAGGCUCAGUUUAUACGCUCAAUAACUAUUACUUCGAGAUGACCAUGACAACUAAAUUCCAGCUGUGGCCCAACUAUCAGCAGAACAUGUGGACGAGCGUCUGCCUCACAUUGGACGGCAGCAACAACGUAGCCCAGCUGUUCAGGGACUCCAGCAUGAGUGUCAGAAUGGUGAUGCCGUCUCGGCUUGAGUGGUCAGGUGAUCCUUUGAUUGAGUUUCCAGGUUUCAGCGGUCAGAUGACAGAUCUUCAGGUCUGGGAUUAUCCUCUCGGCUACAAGGAAAUCUACAACUACAUGAGGAGAGGUGCCUUCAGGCCUUCCCGUGGCUCCCUCCUCACCUGGUCCAACAUCAACUUCUCCAACGGAGGGAACUCUCUGCUGGAGGACGAAUACGACGUUCUGGCUCAGCAGCCAAUGAGAGGAGGAGGAGGAGGAGAAAAAAGAGGAGGAAGAGGAGGCCGCCUGAGGAAGAGGAAGUUCAGUGCAGAGGAGAGUCAGGAGAUGAAGGGACGGCUGAUGAUCUGAAAACACGGCCGGAGAAUGUCUGAAAAGUACAAAUCAAAUCUGUUCUGUCAGUGAUUAUCUGGUGAUCGAUAAUGAUUUUUUUCUUUAAUGAAUGUCUGAAAUGUACAUCUUGAUCCUGGACUAAUAGCUGAGAAAAAAAAUAAAUUUCCCUUUUCUUUG